AUGACCAUGUACAAUGCCUACUUAGAAGAAGGGCAGGUAAAUCUCCCUGAAGUUGAAAAGACUACACCGAAUAUCAAUAUAAAGAUCUCGUCACUCUUCAGUAAAGAGGCGCUUAAGCGCAUGUCGUGGAUGUCACUCUGGCUGGAGCGACCAGCUAUUCACCCGCUUGGCAUGAAUCUCUCAUGGACCGCCGAGGAUGCGGAUAUCUCCACCGCUGUCGUGAUCGGUCUCUCUGCGUCGAGCAAGACUGCCCGCGUACCAUGUGUUCCAGCGGAGUCCUGGGGAGGAGGGACCCGUGGGAUUUUCACAGGUCUCAUCAACGCCAGAGAAUGGAUUGCAAGAUUGAAGCCAAGGAGGGUCGUCUUUGUGGAUUUUGGUGCACGGAGUGGAACGCUGCAGCGGUUGCUUAAGGGUGGUAAGGGAAGCCCAGUUCUUGAGAUUAUCAAAACUAUGAUAGUGCAGGUUGGGUCGGAGCAGAAGGUCUCCUCCCCCGACGAUAUCAAGGAAAACCGCGAGUCGAUGCAGAAAAUUGGGAAGAUCCGGUUCAAUACUUCCGGUGUACGCGAUUCCGCUGUUGAAUUAACUAGCGCGCAGAAUUAUUAUGACCAUGUUGAGCCUGUGGGGGAGGACUGGUUGCGUGUCAGCCAUGAUAUCACACCUGAUAUUCAGGCUUCGCUUGGCCGGGGUGUAUCCGGUGAAAGAAUCGAGAAGGGAUGGAGCAGGCUGUGCCAGGGGUCUGUGGGUACCCAAGAAGGAUUGGUCUAUAUCAUGUAG